UUCCCUUUUAAAAAUCACUAACAUCCUUUAGAGAAAACAAUCUCAGUGUGUUUGAGAAAGAUACAGCAGCUGUGGAAAAAAUCAAAGGAACUGGAGACCAAAGAAGAGAACUUUUCCUAGGACUGGGCAAGUAAGUGACCUUUCCCUCCUUCCACAAUGGCUCUUUGGCUCUGGCCACUUCUGAUGUUCCUGAUGGCGGAGGACACAGGGGCGCAGGAUCUUGGUUUCCAGGCCUGUAAGACUGCUGGUGACUUGAAAGUGCUGGAAGUGCUACCAGGGGGUGGCUGGGACAACUUGCGCAAUGUGGAGAUGGGAGAGGUGAUGAGCCUCGAUUAUUCCCUGUGCCGGACUACUGAAGAUGGAGAAUACCUGAUUCCUAAUGAUGUCUUUGUGGUGCCCCACAAGAAGAGCACAGUGGAAGUGCACUCAGAGCUUAUUGAGAACUGGAUGGUGUAUACAGAUGCUUUUGCUCAGUCCAUCAAUGCAGAGGCUUCCUUCCUGUCUGUGCUUAAUGGCAAGUUCUCAGAGAGCUCCCAGAAGACCAAGAUGCACAAUGUCUAUGAUGAAACAAUCACCACACGGGUGCAGGCACGGUACCACAUCUAUUCCGUGAAAGCUCACCCAUCCUUCACCUUCCAGAAGGACUUCCGUCACCAACUUGUGGGCAUAGGCAACCAGCUGGAGAACAACCAAAGCCGAAUUGCUGACUACUUGGCAGAGAUGCUGGUACUCAACUAUGGCACACACGUCCUCACAAGUCUGGAAGCUGGAGCCAGCUUAAUACAAGAGGACCAAGUGAAGCGCAGUUUUGUGAUGGAUAAGGAGACAGAGAAGGGAGGAAUCACUGCCUCAGCAUCUGCCACCUUUUUCAGUAAGAUCAAUGUGGGAAUUGGGGGCUCUAUACAAAUCCAGGAUGAGCUGACUAAGAGCUAUGUGGAGAAUACUGUGGAUUCCAAGAUUGAAAGCUUGGGCAGUGUGCCCUUCUAUCCUGGCAUCACCCUCCAGAAAUGGCAGGAAGGCAUCCCUAACCAGUUAGUGGCUAUAGGCAAAGCUGGGUUUCCUCUGCCAUUUUUCAUCACCCCCGAGGCCUUGCCAGAACUGCCAGGACCUACUGUAAAGCAAGUAGCCACCACAGUGGAAAAUGCUAUCCGCCUCUAUUAUGCUGUCAACACCCACCCAGGCUGUGUCAAGCCUGAUUCUAGCAACUUCAACUUCCAAGCUAAUGUAGAUGACGGGUCAUGCCAAAACCCCAACACUAACUUCUCUUUUGGUGGAGUCUUCCAGGAGUGCCAUGGUAUAUCAGGCAAGAACACAGAAGAGCUUUGCCAAACUUACCGUAUCCAGAACCCUCUGACAGGUAGCUACUCUUGCCCAGCUAACUUUUCUGCUGUAUUGCUGCAUGGAGAGGAACGUACCACUAGCAAACCCCAAACAGAGUGCCAUGAAGAGUGUGAUUCCUGCUGGCUGUUCUUUAGCUGCUGCAAAUCUGUGUGUGGUACGCGCUACUAUGCCAGCACAGUGCAGUUCAAUGCCUAUUGGUGUGCUGCUACAGGAACAGUGCCUCAGGGCUCAGGUGUCCUCUUUGGAGGGCUCUAUAGUACUGGGCAAGAGAAUCCCAUUUCCAGGACCUAUGCCUGCCCAUCCUACUUCUUCCCACUAGUUUUGUUUGAUAAUCUAAAGGUGUGUGUGAGCAGUGACUAUGAGAUGGGAUCUCGCUUUGCAGUGCCAUUUGGUGGCUUCUUUAGCUGCCAGGCUGGUAACCCUUUGGCUGGGUUAUUGAAAGGACAGAGCCCAGGGAUCCUCCAGGACUUUUUCUACCAGGGCUCCCCUUCCAAAUAUCCCAUGAAAUGUCCAGUUGGAUAUAGCCAACACAAGGCUUACUUGAGUGAUGGCUGCCAAAUCCUCUAUUGCUUGCAGGCUGGAGCACUUUUUGGCCAGCAGUUAGCUCCUGUCAGGCUCCCACCCUUCUUACGUGUGCCAUCCUCCAAUGCUAGCCUGCCUGAAACCAUCCUGGUGAGUUCUGAUGGCAGCCAGGCCUGGGUGAAAAUACAUCAAAGUGGGAUCUGGAGACUGGCCAAUGACACAGAUGAAAAGGAGAUGGCACGUCUUUUCCAGGGACAGUUGAGUUUGGGACCAACUGGGGGCACCAUUGCUGGAAUCUCAGUGGCAGUGAUUGCUGUCUUGGCUACAGCCGUUGCCAUAGCUGUUUACAGGGUCUGGCGCUACAAGAAUAGAAGAUACCAGGAAAUGCAAAACCCACAUAUAGUAGAAGACCAAGGCAGCUAUGGAGCCACAGCAUCUUCACCACAACUCAGCGCUGCCUGAGGCGUCUUGUCCCUGGAACAAAGAUGCGUAUUUUCAGUGGGGGUGGGAGUAGUGGAGUAUGACUCCAGGAAGUGGGCAAAAUGAUAACUGCCGGCCAGGGUGGGGGGAGAAGCAAGUUAACUUUUCUGGUACAGAAACUAAUGUUUACAUAAAUAAUUUGGGCAGAAUAAUAACCAUCUCAAGAGGUGAUAGUUUGCAUAUUGUUAGGAGAAUACUUGUCAAAGUAGCAAUUAGUGAGGAAAUAAGGUGGUAGUAGCUGCAGAUGUGUUUAGGAGGGUUAGGGUUAAGCUUAUUUUGCAGUGAAAAGAACUUCAGAUCAUGGCAAAAAGUAAUUUAAUAACAGUCCUGCAUUUACAACAAAAAAGUCUACAUCUCGGGGGAGGGGGAUAAAAAGCAAGUCAGGGUUGGUGUGUGAUUUGGAUUGCAGAUAAGCUCUCAAACAGACACUUUCUGCUUUGUCUGUUCAUAAACUCUUAAAUGAAUCUGUACAGAAGUGGGGGCGGGGGAUGGGACAGUAUUCCUUGGCUGGCAACUGGGGCUUCUUUUUAUCUGAUACAAUACAUUGUUAUGCUUUUACCUCUGGUGAGAUCACUUUUCAUCACUAUACUAUGUUUUUGCUAAUUGGAUGAGGAGUAUUGACUGCUAAUAGAUUGGGCUGCUGCAAAGUAAGUGGUUUAUGGAUAGGGAUGGAUAGAAAGAGGCGGGUCAAGCCAAAUAUACUUAAUAGUUUUGUAGCAGGAACCAUUUCCGAAGACUUUUAUCCACUCCCUGAACUGGGCCCUUGUUAUGUUUUCGUCCCCCCUCCUCAGAACUCAGAUGAGCAUACAGAUAAUUAUUUUAUUUAGGUAUUUUAUUUAUUUUAUUCAUUUAAUAACAGUCCUACUAAAUAGAUUGGGGGGUUACCCAAGGCUUCCCACUGAGUUUCAUAAUCUAGCUGAGAUUUGAUGCUAGCAAUCCUUAGUCCAAGACCAACAGUCUGCCUCUAUAGACCUGGGGUAUAUUUUCUAAUAAGAAAACAGACAAAAAAGCUUGAAAUCUCAUUUGCAUAGACUGUAGCUAGUUUAUACAUUCUGUGUGGUGUGGCGUAUCAGACUAGGAUUGCCAGGUUCCCUUACCCACUCAGUGGGGGGGGGCUGGUGUUUACCUUUUUAUUGCUCCCAUGGUGCCCCCGCACCUGCGCAAUGACAUCACUCCUGGGAGUGACAUCAUUGCACCACCCUAAAAGCGCUUCUGCGCUUCACAGCUGGCCAAUUUUGGCCCCAAACAGGCCUGAUUUGGGAGUGACACCAUCAUGCCGCCCAGGAGCACGCUUGGGAGACCCAUUUCCUGUGGCUUCCCCCCCCCACCAGCCCGGUGAGUGGUGGCAGGGAGCAGAGGGUGGGAGUGGGGGAUCCCCCACUCCCACUGGGGGACCUGGGAUCCCUAACACAGGGGAGGCCCUGGAUUUAAUUGCCACUCAGGAAUAAACUCAUUUGGUGUCCUUUAGGCAGUCAGUUUCCACCUAACCUACCUCAAAGGGUUGUUAUGAGGAUAAAAUAGAGGAAGGGUCAUGUAUGCUGCCCUGAGUUCCUUGGAGGAAGGGGGUUGGGAUACAAAUGUAACAGAUGACAGGCUUUUUAGAGGCCUUUCUUUUCAGUUUACUAAAUAAGGGAAUUUGAACUACUAACAGUGUGAUCCUAACCAGAGUUAUACCCUUCUGAUUCUUUUGAAUUCAAUGGACUUAGAUUUGAUAUAACUCACUUUACUAAUAAAAUGAUGAGAUUACCUAACUCCUGAACAGA